AAUUUAGACGCUGAGAUUUGCCGUUUAGCCCAGAAUGAUUCUGGACUCCGAUUGGUUGGUUAGGAAGUGCACGGUGCAGGUGUAACCAACUUAUUUUCUUCUUUUGAUUCAUACUGUACAAAUUAGUGCGUUCUUUCGUAACGAUAUAUAAUGAAAAGCAGCAGGAUUUAACUAGAUUCAUUCGGAUGUACGCGAUUAAUUUCCCUUAUGAUUAGAAAAUUCGUGUCAAUACGCGCCCGGCAGCUGCUUUGCACAAGACCAAUCCGGAGAAUUACCAGUGGGAGCUAGGCGACAUUAGGCUCAGUUGAGAGGAAUCAGAGAGAUCCUAUCAGAGUGGUGGCAUCAGACUGGUCCUAUCGGUCUUAGUGUUCGAGUGACAGCGUUUGAGGGGUGAGUGAGCCAUGGGUCGUAAGCUGGACCUGUCUGGUCUCACAGAGGACGAGGCGGAGCAUGUGCUGCAGGUGGUCCAGAGGGACAUGAGGCUCCGUAAGAAGGAGGAGGAGCGGCUCAGUGAGAUGAAGCUGGAGCUGGAUGAGGAGGGUAACCGCUGCUCCCUGCUGUCUCGCCAGCGCCACUUCAACGAGCGCUGCUGCAUCCGCUGCAGCUCUCCCUUCAGCUUCCUGCUCAACCCCAAGAGGCCCUGCCGGGACUGUCGCUACAACGUCUGCAAGGCCUGCCGCGCCUACAGCAAGAAGGACAAAGCCUGGCUCUGCUCCGCCUGCCAGAAGACCCGGUGUGUUUGUUUGUUUGUAGAGGGCAGCACCUACGAGGGGAGCAUUGGCAAUGACGACAGUAUAUGCGGCAGCGACUCAACAUUUUACCGACAAAGUGAAGAGCACAGCAUGGCAGAGACCUUGACGGUGGCAAUGAGGGUGGCAGAGGAGGCUAUAGAUGAAGCCAUCUCAAAGGCUGAAUUCCACACUGACAACCAGGAGAAGCAGAAUGAAGCUCAUUACCUGCAGCUGCACAGACAAGAGCUCAUUGAGGAACUGGCCAAAACAAUUGUGCAAAAUGUCAUUCGGAGGAGGAGGAACCUGUCAGAGGGGAAGCCAGAGCUGGACUGGCCCCCUGACCAGAGCAGUGAGCAGUCUGCUGCCUGUCCUGCCUCCCCCAGCGCCCAGCCCCACAGAGCCCUCAAAGUCUUUCGGUCCCUCUCUGCCUUUUCCCUGUUGGACCCCAGCCCUGGAGAGCUGACGUCAGGGCUGGAUCUCUCCCAGGGCCUGAAGAAGGAGGGGGGGGGGGCUGCCAUCACUAACUGGAAGAGUGUAGACCGCCUGGAUAACUCCAUGCUGAAGAGUCCAGACGGUAACUGGAUGGCCCUGCAGAGCACCCAGCUGUCCCGGCCCAGCCUGCUCACUAAGAGGAAGAGCCUGGUCUACAGCGUCCUGGAGAGGGAGUCCGGGGUGGUCUCAGCCUACGACGAGAUGGGCUCCGACACCGAGGUAGAGGGCGCCUGGGGCGCCGCCCUGCUGGAGAUCCGCAGGAAGAUGAACUCUGGCGCCCUCCUCCUCUCAGACUCCGAAGAAGGAAAGAACUCCAAGUCCCAGAAGUCCAUGCUCUCCCUGCUGAAGAGGAAGGUUCCCAUGGAGCACAGGCGCACCGGCACAGCGUCGCCCCGGAGACGGAGCGUCAUCGACGUGAACUUUAACCCCGAGGGGCCGGAGAGCAGUGGGGCGGAUGAGCUGGAGGUGAACAGGGUCAGGAGGUUGAGGAAGAAGAAGAGGACUAAGAAGGACCAGGCGUCCCUCUCCUCCUCCGUGCCGGAGUACAGCACCAUGCUACUGGAAGCCCUGGUGAAAAAGCAUGCUGGGAAAAAGGAGAGCCAGUCUAGCUAUGUCUCUGAUGCAGUCACCCCGGACACCUUGACCUCAGAUGGUUUGACCUCUGGUGCCCUGACCCCUGACCCCUUUGACCCCGAGGUGGGGCUCACAGAGACCACGGAUGGGUCAGCAGCUAAAGCUGCCACAAUGAAUGAAGAACUGAACGUCAAACUGAGACAGCUGGCCGGCAGGGUGAGGGGGAAUCAACCCACAGAGGGCUGGCUUGAUAAGGGGAGAGAGAACCAACAAGAGAGGCAUGGAGUGCAACAGGAAGUGGAGGACGGAAGAUUACGGGACACGGAUGUAGAUAUGGCGAGAGGGCCAAUGGACGAGGUUAUGGAAGAGAGGAGAGGAGGGAGGGAAGGCGACAAGGAAGUGAUGAUGUUCAACCUGUGCAGGCUUGCUGCUCAGGCCAGCGUGACCCAGUUUUCAUCGACCGAGGACGAGCUGGACCGGGUGGGAAGGAGUGAGGGCGACUGGGAAGAAGAAAGGGAUGAAGAGAUAACCGAGGAGCAUGAAGGAGAGAGAGACGGACGCGCAGAUCAACUUACCUACAGACUACGUGAGCUGGCCAGGCAAGCCAGGGCCAACCAGUUCUCGUCGACCGAAGACAAACUCGAUCGAGUAGGUCUCAGCGAGGAAGAGAUGGAGCGAGGGGGGGAGGAGGGGAGCGAGAGAGAGUGGGAUGGGAAAAAAGAGGGGAUGAGGUCUAAACUUUACCGGCUAGCUAACCAGGUGGACGCCUCCCAGUUCUCCUCCACAGAGGACGAGUUGGACAGAGUGGGUAUGGAGUCAGAGGGAGAGGAGGGCGGGGACGGGAGAGGGGGGGAGAUGGAGGAGCUGCUGGAAGAAGGUUCAUUGUGGGAGAUGGAGGCAGAGAAGAAGGAGCUGGCAGCUAAAGUCCGAGACUUGGCAAGUCUCGUGAGCGCUUCUCAGUUCUCUUCGACAGAAGACGAGCUGGACAAGAUGGGAGAGGAAGAGAAGGAGCAAGAGAGGAAGGAUAGGGAGAGGCUGUGGUUCAUGGGGGUAAAUAUGGAGGAAGAAAGAGGGCAAGGGAAGAUGGAGGAGAGGAGAGACAGCAUCGGAGAACUGGACGUGGGCCUGUUUGAAUUUGACGACGAGGACAAGGUCGAAGACGGAGAGAGGGCGAUGGACUCGGACCAAAAGGACACGAGACGUGGACACACACCUGUGGAGAGAGAGCAGGAGAUGAGAGGUGAACUGGCCACAAGCCAGGUAAAACAAGAAGAAACACACAAGUCAGAUGAAACAGACAAAUUGUCAACCCAAAAAGGAGAACGUCUCCCAAGAGCAGAACACGGACACACUGACGAAGGGCGAUUGAGCAUGAAAGGAGCCCCCGUGGCUGAGAGAGAGGAGAGAAAGGCGGGUGAGACGGGAGAGCCCUCGGUGGGAAGGCCUGAGCUACGGAGAACAGUCAGCGAGGAGGGAGUCAUGGAGUUUGACAGGAUCAUCAGCAGCAUAGCAACGGCCCUGGAUGACAUGGAAGGGGAGACAGACACCUACGCAGAGUCGGACAGAGAGAGACACAAGGACACGGUAGAAAAGACGGAUGAAGGAGAAGCGGAGCAGGACGAUGGGAACAAGGUUGGCAGAGAAAUAGAAACUAACCGCGUCUCUGUCGAAGAAACUCACGAGAUGGUAGUUUGGUCAGAGGGACAGAGAGACACUGUAGAUCUGUCCGGACACAACGUCAUGGAUAGAGAGAAUGUUUUGGAUGGGGAACAUUUUAUGGAUGGGGAGAAUGUUUUGGGAAAAAAGGGGGAUUACAUUAAAGAAAAGGAAAGGAUGGAGCAUGAGUCGACGCAGGAAACAGCAGAACAGCAGAAAAUAGAGAAGAGGAUCAAAGACAUAUCAGCAAUGGGCGACAAAGACAUUUCGCAGGACAACGAGGAUAACAAAACAAACAGAGUUGUAUUUAAAAGGGUCGAGGUGGUGGAGGAGGUGGGAGAGGAAAAACAAGACAAGGAAAAAGAGGACAGGACUGAGGAAGGAAGUGACAAAAAUCUGGCAAAGAGGGAGGAACAAGGAGCUCUUGGAGAAAGCGACAAUAAGAAUGAAUGGAAGAAUACAGAGGAGAGAGAGGAAGACGUGGAGGACAACAGGCCUACAGAGCUACAGGACAGCGCCCCCCCUGUUCAGGGGGACUUACUGUCUCCAGAAGAGAUACAGAAUAGGUACUCGGCGGUGUCCCUGCGCAGCAUCACCACCGAGGUGCUGAAGGUGCUGAACGCUACAGAGGAGCUGCUUCAGGGGAGGGAGGAGAGCGACGUGGCCAGGGGGGCCCAGCCCCCAGCUGCCCCCCAGCUGCCCCCCAACACCGACACCAAGAAACUGGACGAGCAGCUGGGCAGGCUGGAGGAAAAUGUGUAUGUGGCAGCGGGGACAGUGUAUGGCCUGGAGGCAGAGCUGAGUGACCUGGAGGAGUGUGCCAGGGGCGUCAGCGCCGCCACCUCCGAGAACGAACUGGCUUUCCUGGAGGACCAGGUGGCCUCGGCUGCAGCCCAGGUGCAGCAGUCAGAGCUCCAGGUGUCUGACAUCGCGGCGAGGAUCGCAGCUCUGAAAAACGCCGGCCUCAACGUGAUACCUCAGACCCGCUUCGUCAAGCCCAAGACCCAACCACAAACCCUGGACUCAUCUCGACAAUUCAGGAGGCGACUGCCAGCUCCGCCACUCAAAGGUGUACUGAUUCCCUGAAACAUUUAAUGUUGAACACUGUUGUCAUUAUUGUUCAGAAAAGCCCACAAUCUUACUUACCUCGCCAACUGUGUUCUCUGACUCUCUAGAUAAGGAGACUUAGAGCUGGACGCAGGAGCGCUGGCCCCAGACGCCCGGUCAUCCACACUCCUUACUUGUCACUUCCCCACAGUAGUGCCUUGAAGCCUGAAUCUGCCGCCAGGAUGUGUCGUAAACAACAUGCUCACAAGAUGGCUGCUGCUCACCCUAGGGCCACCACCUGCCUUAAUACUCCACCUUCAGGAACCUUCAGGAACCUUCAGGAACCUUCAGACACCUCAGCAACUGUGGGAUGGUUGUUACUAUUCAUAUUAUUUUCAGCCUCUGUGUGUGGACAAGAGUUGCUUUACAAAGGAAAUUAGAGAGGAACAAUUAUGUAAAACAAAUAAUAAUAGAAAGAGUAAUGCCAUAGUGUUCAUUGCCAACUUGCUGCUGAGUUUAUUGUCUGUUGCUGUUUGUUAGUUGACCAAUCAGUGUCAUAUUUAUUUGAGAGGAUCAUCACUGCUGACACAACCGAACAAAACUGUGUGGUAAUUUGCUGGAAACUGUGAUUAUUACAUGAUUUGUGAUUCUUAAAUGAAUAAACAUACACUUCAUCACGUGAUAUGGUUACGUUAUUGAUAUAACAUCUGAAUAACAUUAGUAGUCGUCAAAAGUCAUCCAUAGUCAUCUAUGAAAAAACAUUUAAAUGGUAUUUCUAGGUAUUUAGAAAGUCUCGAAAUGAAAAUACAUUUUAUGGUUUAUGUGUAAAUGGAUAACAAUAAAAUACUUUAA